AUGUCAAAAUUUGAUAAAAACUUGUUGACUCCGUGCCCGGUUUUGCGUCCCACUGAGACUGAGUUUAUGGAUCCCAUUGGGUAUUUAUCUAGUGGGCCCAUAUCGGAAUUGGGUAGAAAGUAUGGUAUUGUCAAGAUAGUUCCUCCAGAGAGUUGGAAACCUAGUUUUCAAAUUUCCCACUCUUUCAAGUUUCACGUGAGACAGCAAGUCAUUAGUGACUUGGGAAUUACAACAAGGUCAAGAAAAUUCUUUAGAGAGAGCAUCAAUAGGUUUUUGAAUAUGAGAAGAAAACGGUUAUUAAAGCUAAGUUUCAAGGUUGAUGGGCAUAAAGUAUACUAUUACGAUUUAUAUGUUUUGGUGGAAAAAUUGGGAGGUUUCCAGGAAAUGGAUAAAUCCAAAUGGCAAGAAGUUAACCAAUCUUUUGGAGUUGAUUUGAAAUCACGGGCUAUCGAGAUGGAAUACAAUGCAACCAUCAAGUACUAUGCAAAUUUUUUAAAAUGCAACACAUUUACUGAUUUUCCCGACAGUGACUCAGAUAGUGAGUCUGAAAACUGUUUGAUAUGUGGUGACAAUGAUAGCCCACAAGAGACUCUACUUUGUGACAACUGUGACCAUGCAUUCCACAUGAAAUGUCUAAGUCCACCUUUGACUCAAAUCCCCGCAACAAAUUGGUAUUGCGACAAAUGCCUUAUUGGAACUGGAGACUAUGGAUUUGAAGAACACCCGGAAAUCAAGUAUAGUAUACCCGAGUUUUAUCAAAUGUGCAAAGAGUUUGAUGAAAAGUUUGCGCAAGAUUAUUGCAAUGGCAAGAAGCCAACUUUGGAUGAGCUAGAAGAGAAAUUUUGGUCAUUUGUGGAUAUUGAAAAGUCCGAUUUGGAGGUAAUGUAUGGUGCCGACAUACAUAACUUGAAACCGGGGGAGAUAAGUGGGUUCCCCAUGAUCAACACUCCGGGACUUGAUCUAGCAAAUGCUGAAAAUCGGUUUUACAUCAACCAUCCUUAUAAUCUCACUAAAUUGCCAUUUGCCAAAGGCUCACUACUAAACUAUAUUAAUACGUCGAUUUCGGGUAUGACUGUGCCUUGGAUUUACAUUGGUUCUCUUCUUUCCACUUUCUGUUGGCACGUUGAGGAUCAUUAUACAUUAUCUGCCAACUACUGUCACUUUGGUGCCACGAAAAAGUGGUAUGGGAUACCCUCAUUGCAUGCAAAUCGAUUUGAACAAUUGAUGAGACAAUCUGCCCCGGAUUUGUUUAAAAAGCAACCUGAUUUACUACAUCAGUUGGUUUCAUUGAUAAAUCCAGCUGAAUUGGUACGGAAUGGUAUUCCAUGUGUCUACGCUGACCAAGGACCUAGGGAGUUUGUAAUAACCUACCCCAAAGUUUACCAUGCCGGUUUCAAUAGUGGGUUCAAUUUCAAUGAAGCUGUCAAUUUUGCAAUGGACGAUUGGUUGGAGUUUGGAGAACGAUCAAUAAUUGAUUAUAGACCAAUCAAGAAGGAAGAUGUCUUCAACUACUAUGAACUAGUGGAGAACAUUUUGAAAGAUUUCAAUCAUCAUCCAAAGAGUGGGAACCUGGAGUUGGCUGAAAGAAGCAUCGAUGUACUUGAGAGAUUUCUAAAUCAACAGGAGACUUUUUUAAGUGAUGCAAAGCUUACGCAUGUGAAGAUAGAGUAUAGACCAAAGGCGUACAAGAAACGUCAAUUUGAUCUUGAGCAAAAGGGUGAAGUUGAAGAUGAAGAAGAGGAUCUAUGCUUCAAUUGCAAAACGCAUUUGGGAUAUCAAUAUUGUGAAGUGUGUGAUACUGUUGAUGAGUAUGGAGGUAAGCCUGAUGGAGACAAAAUUAAGCAAGGGAAGUUAGAAGUGCACAAUCAUCAGCUUCCAACCCCUGAAAUCUCUCCACAGGAAGUAGUUGUCAAGGAUGCUUCAGAGGCGGAUGCAAGCAUCAUUUCCGAGUCAAACAGUUCGCAACAACUACAAGCACUUUCAGAGCCUUCAUGUGAAAUGGAUGAGUUUGACCAAUUGAUUUUACAAGCAAAGAAACGAUCAUGUGAGCCCGAAGAUGAAUCCAGUUCCAAAAGACGCAAAUCAAAGAGAUUAUUGUCAUUAGAGGAGCAACAGUAUCAAAAGAAGGAAAUCACAGCAGAACCAACUAAAAAAGUUAAAAGAAUGGGAAAAACCAAGCAUAAGAGCAAGAAGGGUCCAGAAUUGAAUAGACUAUGUUUGAAAUGCACUUUGGACUUGGACGAAAUUCCAAGUGGCACAAAACUAAUAUAUCAAAGUUAUCCACAGCGGUUAAGACAGAUUAUUGAUGAAGCAAAGGCAAAAGUGAGGUCGUAG